GGCGUGUGGGUCUUCGUGGGGAAAGAAAAUGCAGCCUAGGUACAGUGUCUUGGCGUCCGCGGCCUUAGCGGUGUGGUAUCUCACCGCGUGGCAGGCGUGCGUGUCCGGCAAAUCCUUAGUGGCGCCGUCGGAGCUAAACUCGCUCGGUGCAGGAUCCCGGCUGGAUCCCGCGGGCAACAGUGUGCUGGCAAGUUCGACGGAAUCGCUCACCACGGAGAGGGAGGACAUUGCAACGAACGCCCCAGCGACGACCACUAUCGGUGCGACCGGUAACGAGGUGCCGUACGAUGACAUACCCACCUUCAACCGCAAGCAGGUGUCGUUGGAUCUGCCGGGUGAUUUGUUUUCCUCCACCGCCAAUCUAACGCUGAGCUUGCGUAACUUUAUCGCCGAUUUAAUAACGCGUACCUCGGUGCGUAUUGCGCAGGUGGUGCGGUUCUUUCAGCCCCUGUUCGGAUACCAUCUGAUGAUUGACAUCCCGAAGGAGCUGGAUGUUUAACG